GCCAUGACCCUCCUCGUGCAGCAGGGUCUGCUUGCGCGGCACACCCUCCGCCGGGUCAGGGCGGCUCUCUUCCGCGCAGUGUCCAUGAUCCUCGUAAACGUGAAGGAGGAGUCGUUUCCACACCUCCUCGAGCAGCUUAACGAGCUGGCGAAGGGACAGCCGGAGAUCCCGGACAAGUCCCACGACGUCCUCGGCAGCUACAUAGCUGCAUUGAAGAGGAUGGCGCUCCGCCUGACUGAGGAGAAUGCCGACCAGUUCCUGGACGCCCCAGCCGGCCCGGAGGCUGCGAAGCUGCCCCUCAUGGAGGAGGCAGCGAGAUAUGUCUUCCACGGCUACGACAUGGCCGAGACAGGGUCGAGAGUUGUCUGCCUUUGCCUUCUGCAAGCAAAGAAUCCUCGUGUGCAUGGUGCAGCCGUCGAGGUGUUGACCAGCCAAUUGCUGCCGAAGCUGGCCGAAAGACUGCGUAGCGCUUGGGCGCAAAUGGCAACGGCCAUGCAGCAGGACAAGGCUGGUGCCCUCCAAGCCGCGAUAGCGAAGGAGCAGGACGUGCUGGAUUUCGUGGUCGACCUCUUGAGCCUUGGUCAGCCUGCAGUGACGGAGGCCGUGGCAGCGGGGAUCGUCUGCGGUCCGCUGCUCUCCCAGCUGCACGUGCUGGCAGAGCGCCAUCGGUGCCUGAACAGACCCCAGAGCAUCUGGGAGAUACUCAUGAUGGAUGUCGAGAACACUGGGCUCGUGCCCACACCGGAGGACGUCGAUGCCAUGCAGGCGGCCGAAGAGGAGAGAGCCCGUGCUGCCGAAGAG